UCCCUAUAGCACCAUCUUGGUAUAAGUGUUCCGUCGCGGCGAGUCACUGUCUGGCUUUGCUGAAUGUCGGCGGGGGUCACGGCUUGCGAACCGGCCUCCGAGGCAGGGAGGAGCACCAAACCGAACUGGGGGUUGGUAUUGGUGGGUGCUUCGGGCGCCGCGGUUCUCGCUUUAUACGCCGCGGCAGCACCGUUUGUGGCCCCCGCACUGAGGCGUUUUUGCCUGCCCUUCAUCCCGGCUACUCCGGUCCAGGUAGAGAAUGUGCUACAGCUCCUGAAUGGCCACCGGGGAGCUCUCGUCGACAUCGGCAGUGGGGACGGCAGGAUUGUAAUUGCAGCAGCAAAGCAAGGUUUUCGAGCAGUUGGUUAUGAACUGAAUCCUUGGCUAGUUUGGUACUCCAGGUACCGAGCGUGGCAGCAAGGACUACACCGCCACACCAGAUUUUACAUCUCUGAUUUCUGGAAGGUGAAUUUCUCAGAAUAUAGUAAUGUUGUCAUAUUUGGAGUUCCUCAGAUGAUGGAGUCCUUGGAGAAAAAACUUCAGAAGGAGUUGAAGAAUGAUGCCAGAGUUGUAGCAUGUCGUUUUCCAUUUCCCAGCUGGAUUGCUGAACAUGAAUCUGGAAAGGGAAUCGAUGCAGCUUGGUUGUAUAAUGCAAAAUCAUUUAAGACCACUGCAAAAGAAGGAAAUCAGCAUUAAGACAAGAAAAAGUGCAACAGUUGUACAAUCUUUAUAUUGCUGUGGUGUGGCUAAAAAGUGACUGAGAAUUAAAUAAUUGAAAUACUUUUAAUGUAACUUUAUUAACUGAAAGUAUGGAGUUGUGUAAGAUCAAAUGUAAUUAUAGUGUUCUCCAAGUAUCCGAAUUUUGCGAUCCCUAGGAUGUAAAAGAUACUAUAUAAAUGCAGUUUGGGGUUACAGCCUUGCUUUCAGGCCCAUCAAGAAAUAGUUGUGGAAAAAAAAUGUCCACCUUCUUGGCAUCCUUUUUCCUGAAUUCAGGAAAAGGGAUGCGAAAUAAAUGAAUGUUGCCAGUCGACUAUAGAAUUGCCUUUUUGUCUUUUUAAUGCUUUAUAGAAGUAUUUUUAAACAAAUUUGGUACCAAAUCACAUUAGGAGUUUUUAAGGCAGAUAAACAAAAUUGUUUUAAACCUGUAACAUUAAGGAUGGGAAAGUUGAAAGAGCUAAAGGGAUUUCCAGAAAAAACAUGGCAGCUGAAGGUAUCGUUAUGUGUAAUGAACUAGAGGCAGAAUUGAGGGAACAUAAAUAUAACUGGGCUUUUGGGACAUGAGGAAAUUUCAAAGGUAGGAAGUAGUUUGAAAAAAAUGUUGAGAAAUCUGAAAUCUUUGCAACAGUAUGAACUUUUUACAAAAAUAAAGUGUUAGAACUGUUCAGCAGGUCAAGCAGCAUCACUAGAUGUAGAAACAGUUAACAAUUCCAGUCUUUCUCCUUUGGAUUGGAAGUAUUGCUUUUCUGUCUUCAGAUGCUACCUGACAUGCUGAACAUUUCCAGUGUUUUCUCUUUAUGAUUAAUAUGUCUAAAUUUUUCAAGGAUUAAUUAUAGUCAUUUUAUUCCAGUGUUGAAGUCAAUGUUUAGAAAUGUUGGCUAUUUUUUUUCCAGUUUUGUACAAUAUUCUGACAUGUGGCCUAUACAUAUGAUGAAAAAUUAACCUUUGAUUUUCACUUAGUUAUCAGAUGUUGGUGAAGUUGUAAUGUUUCUAACUUUGCAUCACUACUUAGCAGUUAUUCAGUACUUGUUGGAUAUAAGGUUUGAUUUGGAAUUGGUAUCUUUCCACAUUUAUGUAGUCUGAUAAUACUCUCUGUCCUUGUACACACACCAGAAUGGUUAUGUAAUGCCCUGGUUCACAUCUUUACUGUUAUGCUCUAUGUAUUUCAUUAGCAGUUCUGUAAGAGCAGUCUGUUCUGCUUUCAGUCUGUUUGGGUUAUUGUUGAAGAUAAGGGAUGAUGAAGAAUGUGUGCUAACCAAUUAGAAUGGUAGAACUGAGGGGAGGUUUUUCUGGUGAAGGGCACAAAGGUUGGGCUUGGGCCUUUUGUUGGGCAGGCGAUGAACAGAGAAGGCGCUGGGGAGAACCGGUCGUAGGAUACGACCCAGUGGGAGACCUGUUUGUUUGAGAUGGACUGUGAGCAAUGUUCGGAAGGUGGUGCGUGCUGUCACGCAGAACAAGGGCCCAGCAAGUGAGUGACAGAGAAGUUCCAGAUGAGCUCCAACUUGUGCACAUUUGACUGUUUAACUGAAAUGGGCCCUUUCCUUUUUUUUCUCUUAACUAAAGAGUUACUACAGUUAAGAUCCAUAAAUGUAAUUCCUUUAAUCGUUUGCAGUAUACUGUCUGUUAUUGUGUGGCACUGAUUUGUAAUGGGUAGCAAAUUACAGAGCAUCCACACAAACUGAGGUUUAGGGUGGGAGAGCCGUCUCAACCUCACGAGUUUGGCAGGACCAGGGGUGUCUUCCUUAGACUUACACAGCCGAGGAAACCAGGGGGUUUCAGUUAGCAGGCUGAGGUGAUUAAGCUUCACUUUAAGCAACCUGAGCCCUUUCCAAUCUGAAGUUUAUAGUUCACGUUGACCCUACUGGACGAAGAAAAAUAAGAUUCUCAUUCAUUCAGGUUCAUGUGGCUGCUUUAAGCAAAACUCAUUUGUGGGCACGUGACCAAGUGGUUAAGGCAUUGGACUAACGACCUGAAGGUCGUGAGUUUGAGCCCCAGCCGAGGCACUGUGUUGUGUCCUUGAGCAAGGCACUUAACCACACAGUGCUCUGCGACGACACUGGUGCCAAGCUCUAGUGCCCUUCCCUUGGACAACAUUGGUGUCGUGGAGAGGGGAGACUUGCAGCAUGGGGAACUGCUGGUCUUCCAUACAACCGUGCCCAGACCUGCGCCCUGGAGAGUGAAGACUUUCCAGGCACAGAUCCAUGGUCUCGCAAGGCUAAUGGAUGCUUUAUUUGUGAGCCAGAUUGUUCCAACCACAUCUUAAAAAUAUGUGGGCCAAGUUUCACACUUUUUUUUUGUAGGGAAAGCAAAUAUCUAUAAGCAUUUGUAGAAUAAGUAGGAGGCCCAUAUUCAUGUUGACAUUCAGUUUUAGACAUACUAUUCAUUUUCUGUAGAAUAGAUAGUGCUGUUCCUUUCAAGCUGAAAAUUAUUCAUGUUGAGGUGAAAGCAUCAGAUUAUUUUUUGCAAGAUGAAAUUUGAUUUGUAUUUUCUUUUAAUAAACCAGAUUAAUUGAAAUGCUUGAUGCUG